AAUUAUGUUAAACAUUUGUAUGUCCCUUCAUGCUUCAAUUUCUAGAUUGCACUAUCAUUUUUUUUACAGUGCAAAUAUUUGCAAUUCAAAAUAAUAAUUAGGGCUAUCACUUAAUUGCAGUUAAUGCAUGUGAUUAACUCAAACCAAAUAACUGCAUUAUUUUUUGUAACAAGAAUUAAUCGCACACCAGGGCACCAUGCUCAGGGGGAAGCUACUGUGUGUCUCCAGGGCAAGGAUGCCCCUCCUCCCACCAUGCUGCUCCACUGCUGCUCCCACCUCCUGGCCCUGCCCCGACCAAGCUGCCUGCCCACUGUCUGCUGCGCAGAGCUGGGUUCCAGGAUGGACGUGCUGAGAAGGUAUCUCAGGAGGAAGGCUCCGCAGGUGGCCCCGGAGCCAGAGGGGGGCAGCUGCCAGCAUCCCCAGACAGAGAGCUGCCCCUCCAGCCGCAUGGCAUGGGAAGCAGGCCCCGGCCACCCCAGGAGAUGGUCCUGCUCGGCCUUGCUCACCGGGAGGAAACCAGCCCCCAGGACUGGUGCCGAGCAGAGAGACACAACAUCCAGGCCGAGAUGGAGGUGGCCCAAGUUCAAUCUGGGCAGGCAGGACUCAGCCCACGGCAGGAGCCAGGCAACGCAGCUCUGGGUUUGCUUCUGCUGGAAGGCCUGCCCUCAGCCCAGCCGCGUGGGCCAGCAGGAGGCAUCCCCAGGGCAGGAGCUGGGGGAUCGCUGCCUCAGCUGCUUAACUGUUGCCGGAGAGGAGAGCAGCCACUCUCUGGAGGUUCCCUGCAACACGGAGGCUGAGUGGUCCUCCACUGCAGCAAGAGUCACCCUCUGCCCUUGUCUCUCUGAUGCAGAGACCCCCACCAACCAGUCAGAGAAGGACCUUGCCCCUGAGGAGAAGGCUGAGGAGAAUGAAGACCCAGCCGCAGGAGAGGAAGAGGAGGAAGAGCUAGAGACAGAGGAGGAGGAGAAGCAGGAAGAGCAAGUCCUGAUCACAGAAAAAGAGGAGGAGAUGGAGGACCUAGCCAUAAAAGAGGAGGAGGACUUGACCACAGAGGAAAAGGACGAGGCGGACAUAUCCGUAGAGGAGGAAAAGAAGGAGGAUGAGAACAUGUCUGCAGAAGAGGAAGAAGAGGAGGAGGAGGAGGAGAACGUGUCUGCAGAAGAGGAGGAGGAGGAGCACCUCUCCACAGAAGAGGAAGAGGACUUGACCACAGAGAAGGAGGAGGAAGAAGAAGGUAAAAGAAGAGGAAGAAGAAGGUAAAGGAAGGACGUGGCCCUGGUGGAGGAACACCUGAUCAUGGAGCAAAAGAAAGAAGAGAAGGACCUGGCCAUGGAGCAGGAAGAGGAGCACCUGCCUGUGGAGGAAGAGGAGGAGGACCUGGCCACGGUAGUGGAGCACCUGGCCAUGGAGCAGGUGGAGAGGAGGAGGACCUGGCUACAAAGGAGGAAAAGGAGGACCUGAAUUAGGAGGAGGAGAAGGAAGAGGACCUGGCAAUGGAGGAGGAUGAGGAUGUGGCCAUUCAGAAGAAAGAAGAGAAGGAAGAAGAGGUACUGGCUAUGGAGGGAAAGGAAGUGGAGGAGGAUUAGGACUUGGCCAGGGAGAAUGAGCAGGAGGAAGAGGACCUGGUCACAGAGGAGAAGGAGGAGGAUGUGGCCAUGCAGGGGGAAGAAGAGGCGGAAGAGGAGGUAGAGGACCUGGCUAUAGACUAGGAGGACCCAGGAACAGAGGAGGACGAGGAUGUGCCAAUGCAGGGGGAUGAAGAAGAGCAGGAGAUGGACCUAGCCCUGGAGGAGGAGGAGCAAGAGGACCUGGCCAGAGAGGAGGAUGAGAAGGAGGAAAAGGAGGAGGAGAACCUGUCCAGGAAGGACCUGGCCAUAGAGGAGGAAGUGGAGGAGGGGGAGGACCGGGCCAUGGGAAUGGAGCAUGUGGUCAUGGAGAAGAAAGCGGAAGAGGACGACUUGGAUGAGGAAGAGGAUGAGGAGGGCAAAGCCAAGUCCUCCUCCACCUCCAUGGCCAGUUCCUCCUUGCCCAGAUGCAUAAAUAGGGAAGUAAUGAGUAGGAGCAAGGAGGGGAUCUUACCUCUCUCUAUAGCAUUGGUGAGAGAGAUAAUGGAAUGGUGACGUCCAGUUCUGGUGUCCGUGUUUUAAAAGGAUGGUGUUAAAUUGGAGAGGGUGCAGAAAAGAGUCACACAAAUGAUCUGAGAGCUGGAGAAAAUGACCUACAGUGAGAGACUCAAAUUGUAGGUGGGUGAAAUUUAAUGGCCUGGAACAUUCAGGAGAUCAGAUGAGAUGAUCCAAUGGUACCUUCUGGCCUUAAGCUCUAUGAAACUCUAUGAACCAUCGUCUCCCCCGCUCCGAUGUGCUUCACCGCACAGAAGGGUGGCUGGGCAGCCUGGAAUGGCCCUGCUCCAAAGCGGCCCUGGCGGAGAAGACAUCAGAACUAACUGAGAGCUGCCCCAGGACUCUGGGCCCAGCUCUGUCCUCUCCAGCUCCAUGGACGGCACGUGAAACCUCCCGUACCAGAAGCUCCUGCCUGGCUCCCCCAGCUCCGGUGCUGCUCAGUCCAGAGACACUGCCUCUUCCAUGGCCAGGUUCUCCUCCACCUCCUGAACAGCCUGCGGUGAUGGGGCUCCAUCCUGCUUCCAGGAGUGGGUGAAGGUUCAGGAGCCUUCAUAUGUCUCCUCCCCUCUGAGGAGCCAAUCUUAUUUUGUAAUACACUGGAGAGGAAUUGAGACAUGACAAAAGGACAAUACACAAAACAGUCAGUGGAGGCUGUGAAGACUCUUUUUUCCAUGCCUGGAUACUGGAAGGAAUUUGCUGGCAUCCAGUUACAGCAGAGUUGAGACAUGAUAGCCUCCCGCAAUUACUACUCGCAGGGUAUUGGCUUGAUUGCAAGAGCCAUGAUCGAGUUUGAGAACCCUCAGCUCCCUGCAGUUUUCAGAGAGGCUGUCACCAUUGUCCAGAGUGAGAAGGAGGAGGAGCACAAAAAUAUUGCCAUGACUUUCUGCACUGAGUUUCUUCAGAGUGCUUCUAUUGCCACGACAGUGACAAAAUCAGACCUUUGGGCGCAGUUCAUGGAGUAGAUCAAAGACACAAAUCCCAUCAUACGCAGGCUCAGUCUACGGGGCCUUGGCAGUAUUGUGCUUCAGCCAGAAAAAGUGAAAGGCAUGGAUUGUCCGGGGGACCAAGGAAGCCGAUGUCUAUCGAAUAGCUCAGAAAUGAGAGUGAGAUCCCCACACAAGCCUUGGAGUGCCCCCACCAUGGGUGGGGAAUCUCCUGCUCAGCUACCUCCCUGUCAGAGCUCUUCUCUGCAAACCUCAGCCUCAGCGCCAUGCUCCCAGCCCCUGCUGCCGCCUGACCUGGGGGAGAGGGGCCUGGCUCUGGGCAUAUGACCAGCUGUCUGGAGAACACAGGCCCCCAAAGAGGUGGAGAUUUCCAGCAGGAAAGAGGUUUCUGUGCUCUCCAGAUAGACAUUGCGUCUAGGACACCAUGGGGCUGCACGGCCCUGCACAGUGUCUCAGGCCCUGUUCUGCACAAGAUGUCUAUGGCGCUGGCCUGGUGGCCUCACUGCUCCCACGAGCCAAGUCAGUUAUCACAGGGGGAACUGGAGCAGCGUGUGGAUUAUGACUCUGUUGCGUUAUGCUCUGAUCCUGCCUGGCUUUAACCAGGCUUCCCCACUCCCUGUGUGUCAUUGCCCGGAGAGGGGCAGUGUGCGCUCCGCUGCCAUUUUACUGCUUGGCAACGUGGUGAGCAGCGUGAAGGACCCGGAUUAACCCAUCGUGCAGCAGGAAAUGAUCCACUGCUUGCUCCCGCUGCUGCUGGAUCUUGAAGACCAGGAUGAGAGUGUGACACUGAGAUGCAAACUGACACUCUUCCGUUGCGCAGUGUUUCUCAGGUGGGCUCAAUUGAAGACGCUGUUCCGCAGCAUGGCCUGGGAUGGCGCCACAUAGCUCUUGAAGUGUGCCUGGAAGUGCUUGAUGCAGAACAACAGCCACAUCCCCAAAUUCCUGUUCUAGGCCUUAGAGUACCUGGAAAGCUCACAGACAACAAUCAGACAUUCUGCAGCCCUGUUCAUUGAUGCCAUGGCAGAUACCAUGGAGCCCGCUCCACUGCACACUGCUUUUGUGAGCACUGUAACCACCUCGCGCAUUAUCCUGCAGUAUGUGCAGAGCCUAGCUAGGAGCCACCAGCAUAAGGAAGAUUGUGAGGAGGACAUGGACACAGAUGUUCCUGAAAGCACGGGAUGUGGCGAUUGGGAUAUCAUGGCGGCAUUGGGGCAUGUUGAUACAGUGGAACACCGAUUCUGGGUCUGGCAAACAAGCAUAGACUGCUUGGACUGCAUAGUGUUGCAGGUAUGGGACGAUUCCCAUUGGCUGAGAAACUUUCGCAUGUGUAAGGCCACUUU